AUUGUCGCAUUUGAGUGUAACGAAACCUGGUGUCAAGGUACCUACCGCGUGUCCAUGCUUUUACUUUGAAGUAGCUUUUUUCCUGCCUCCUGCUAAAAAACGGUCACUCAGGCGUCUGACUUUCCUCUGACACAGCUGUAUCACAGCAUUUAAUCCACGUUUCCUUCCUUAGAAAGCGUCCCGCAGAAUGCUCUGUAAUGCUUCCUUCGCUCAGAAUCCCAUUAAUUAUACAUCACCUCUACCCACGAAGGGCUGCGAGCUGAUUAAGUUGUUUUCCUCCUCUUUAAGCAGUGAGAUAUCGAUGCUCUCCCAGGAAGAGUUUGUAUCAGUCUUGAGAUAAAUCAGCUGCAUCUUCAGUUGAGGUGGGUGUGACCGUGCAGCGCUUUAAUAUGCAAAGUUUCCUUUGUGCCGUUGCUCACGUUCCUUUUAAUGUGCUGAUCUCACAGGGCGUUGUUAUAUAUAUAUAGAUAUAGGAUACGGGUUUGUUUGCUCUGGAAAUGACCAAAAGCUAUUGUUUUUGAAGUAGUAGGGACAUGUGGGGAUGGUGUUUGUGCGGAAGGGGAGUAUUGACAUCAGUGUUUAAGACUCUAAUGUCGUUGGUUCUACGCUGUGUCAGGAGCACAGAUGCUGCACGUUCAACACAUCGAAGCUCAACCAGCCACUGCUUGUGUUGGACUCAUGUAACUGUAGUGACUGGACUGUUGCUACAGUGCAAUUAGCUCAGGCCUACGUACCCUUUGUACCUAACUGCUGGAGUGCCAUUAAAUUUCAUUUGUUAUAAGUUUUGUAAACUAUUUUUUCUAGUACCAUUACACGAAAGAUGGUAUUGGGUUAUUACCCGCAUGCUGACAGCAUGAGGUUCUCAUCAGACGCCUGCCAGCGUUAUUGUUCAGGUUGUGUCGCUGUGGCUCCUUCUCUCCUUCACUGUUCCUGUCUCUCAUCCUGCCGGUGUCACUCCUCGCAGCCUCGGACGUGACGUGGGCUUAACACAAGUUAUUUCUUUCAGCACACCUUGUAAAACUUGACCAGCUGGGCCCCACUCCGCUCAGUCUGCCUCUGCCCCCCCGCACACUCCCACCGGAUGUGUUCUAUUUAUAAGCAGCCUACUUCUUUUAAUAAAUUCUCUCAUCGGUUUCUGACGCAUUCGCUGGUGUCGAUUCUUAAACGGAUCUGAAACACAAGGGUUAGCGAGUGCUCGCGCACUUGAAGCGGAUGCGGAGGAUUCUGCAUCUGAAGUGUCGCCGUGACAGCCUCGCGGCACCUUUUAGCUGCUCUGUAGCUGCAAUUUUGUAGUGUUGGAGUAAUUGAAUGUGAUUCUGGUGAACUGUGGGCCUUUGUCAGAUCCCGCGUCUGCAUAUAGACUUCAAAGCUGUGAAUUCAUUAGCGCCGGGCUGCGGAUCCAUGUUUGAAUCUUGUAUGUUCUUUACUGUGCUUCUGUCGCCACAAAUGUUUUAUGAGAGAGUUCUAGGCCCCGUCGGCAGAGAUUUAAUUGAAUGCUGCCAUGCAAAACUUGUGCACAAUCACGUAUUCACGUAACUAGUUCUCGCACACACUCAUCAUUGUGCUGACCUGCCUAUGUAAUUCCACUGGGGCUCUCCUCACUUCUCUCCUCUCUCCCUCGUCUGAUCAUCUCACUCCUUCCCACUUCCUUCGCUGAGACAGGGGAACAUUUGUCACUCACUGCCCAUGACUGCCGAUGAUGGAUGACUCUGUGACGAGGACUAUCCUUUGCUUGUGCCCGGGACCCUGAGGCCGCCCUCGGCACCUGAGGAGGAAUGGCAUGCGGGACAGGAACAGCAGCAGUGUGCGGCCCUAAACGCGAGGCUGAAGAGCAGCGAAUGAUGCAGCCUGAGGACAUGUUGGAGGUGUGGAGGGAUGGGAACCGCAGCCACUCUUUCACUUCGUUCCCUCCUUCGCUCCCGUCCUCUCUCUUUCUUCAUUUGGCUGCAUUCCGAGCCUGCAGCAAGCGCUUUUGAGAUCCAGGACACCUUCAUCGCUCCGCUUCUUUCCCCCUUUGUCCAGGAGAGUUGUUUAAACUAGAUGGGGACUCACAGAGACAGAGGGGAGGCGCGUGCAUUGUUUAACUGAGCUGAGGCGCUUCCUUAAAGCCCUGAAGAGCCAUGGGAAGGGAUAGGAGUCUCUCCAGACACUUUCGGAUCUUCAUUCCCAAAAAGCAUCGGGAGCGCUUCGACGAGGUGGUUUCUCAAAGCCUAAUGAGCCGGAUCAAGGGGCGCAGCUUCAGUGACCCAAGCCGCAACCACCUGCGUCGGAGCCGGAGCGAGGAUCACCCUGAACGCCUUCUGGUUUCCACGCGCGCCAGCUCAGUGCCACGCACCCACGCGGAGGAAGGCGUGGCCCCCCCAGCUCGCGGCAUGCGCAAGACCACCUCGCUCAUAGCCGGCCACUCCAGCGGCACCACAAACUGCAGGACAGUGAGAGUGUGCAAGGGCAACAUGAGCUUUGGCUUCACUCUUAGAGGCCAUGCACCAGUGUGGAUUGACUCUGUUAUCCCCGGAAGCCCUGCAGAUAAGGCAGGUCUAAAACCAGGAGACCGCAUUCUGUUUCUUAAUGGACUGGACAUGAGGACCUCCUCCCAUGAGAAGGUGGUGUCCAUGCUGCAGGGCAGUGGUGCCAUGCCAACUCUGGUGGUUGAAGACGGUCCGCCGAGUUUCACUCUGGCAGAACAAGACCUUGCAGGGGGAGGCAUUUCCACUGAGCGUGCCCGAUCGCCUGUGCUCAGCUCCCUGCAGUGGGUGGCGGAGAUUCUACCUCCUAGUAUCAGGGUUCAGGGCCGUACCUUUGGACAGCAGCUGGAGCACCUGUUGACCAUCCAGGAGCGAUACACCAUCUGCAAGGCGUUGGAGAACUUCUUCCAACACAGGAAUGUUGACACCCUGAUCGUGGAUGUGUUCCCGGUGCUGGAUACUCCGGCAAAACAAGUGAUCUGGCAAUUUGUUUACCAGCUGUUGACCUAUGAGGAACAAGAGCACUGCCAGAGCAAGAUCUCACGUUUCCUUGGCUACAAGGCACCAGUUGCACCACCACCACCUCCCCCUCCUCCGGAGUCUGAGGGAGCCCCUGAACCCCAUCGCCGUAGCAGUUCCAUGAGGGUAACAGGGACCACAUACAGGAGCAGUGUGAGGGGACGCAGCUCAGACGACCUGGUCAUUGGCACACACUUGGGCAUGGGUCUUCGUACAGAGGCAUUGCUGGAAACAGGGAUGAGGUUGGCUCCAGGGGAGAGACAGUCAGGAGAUGGGACCUCCCUGCCUGAAACUCCUAACAAUCUCACCAAUCUGUCAGCAGUGUACGCCGAACUGGAGAACAUGUAUUCAGCCAAGCGGUCCAAGUCCCUGAAGAGCUGCCCUCCUCCUGCCCCUGAGAGUUUGCUGGAUCUGGAUCUUCCUUCACGUACAACCUCCCCUACAAUACAUUCUAAUACAGGUAGCCGUAAAGGCCUACCACCGUCUACAACCUGGCCAGAGUCUCUCCCAAGUCCCCCUCCCGCCCAGUUCUACCCACCAGGACUGACAAGCCAGACCAGUGGGGAGUCUAACCCUUACAUCAGCUUGGAUAGUCCCCCACCUUCACCUCCAGAGCCAGAUUUCCCAUCUAGUCCUCCGCCACACCGCAGCAGCAAGCGACGUUACACUUUUUCCAAACCGCCACGUUCAGAAGAUACGGAUCGCUUUCUUGAUGCACUGAGUGAACAGUUAGGACAGAGGGUAGCGAUUGUGGAUGACUUCCUGACUCCUGAGAAUGACUAUGAGGAGGAUGUUGUACAGAUGGGCUUCCCAGAUGAGGAAGAUGAGGAUAUUGAAGAAGAUUUGGGCGUGGAGGAAGAAGAAAGUGGAGGAUUUGUGGCCCCAGAGCUGAGCAGCCCGAGUGAUGUCCAAAGUAGUAGUGGAGAAGAGAAUGCCUCCUCCCUCACCUACUCCUCUUCCUCUGACCACAUUCCUCCUCCUCCCAUGACCCCUCCUCCACCUCCCCCUGUUCAAUUCAAUGAUCAAGCUCCUCCCCCUCCGGCACCUGCACAAGUUCAGUCCCAGCAACAACAACAGCAGCAGCAACAGCAACAACUUGCCUAUACGCCUGAGCAUUCUCCAAGAACAUAUGUGCCCAUUCGCCGGAAAUCUGGGCCUCCACCCCCACCGCCACCUCGCAGUAGUGCACCCCCUAAACGCCACUCUCUACAUAAAGUGUUGCCUUCAAGAGAGGAUCUACAGGUCCAUGCCACUAUACAAGAGCUAAAAGCAUUCCAAGAGCAACAGGAAAGACAAGCCUAUGAGGAGCAACAAGCAAUCAAGGAGCGGCAAGCAUAUGAGGAACAAAAAGCCUAUGAAGAACAACAAUUGUUCCACGAGCAGCAGGCCUUUCAAGAACAACAAGCUUAUCAGGAAAAAAUGUUUAAAGAAAGACAAGCCUAUGAGGAGCAGAAAGUAUAUGUGGAACAAAAAGCCUUUAAAGAGCAACAAAUGUACCAGGAGCAACAAGCCUUUCAAGAAAGACAAGUGUAUGAGCAGCAUCAGUCAUACCAGGAACAAAACGCCUAUGAACAGCGUCAAGCCUACAAGGAGCAAAAAGCAUUUGAGGAGCUUCAGGCCUACCAGGAACAAAAAGCCUACAAGGAGCAAAAAGCAUUUGAGGAGCUUCAAGCUUACCAAGAACAAAAAGCCUAUAAGGAACAAAAAGCGUUUGAGGAACUUCAGGCCUACCAGGAACAAAAAGCCUACAAGGAGCAAAAAGCAUUUGAAGAGCUUCAGGCCUACCAGGAACAAAAGGCCUACGAGGAGCGAAAGGCGUACGAAGAGCGUAAAGCCUUUGAGGAGCAUCAGAUGCAACAGAUCUAUCAGAGCCACCACUCAAUGCCUACCCAGCCUACCCAGCAGAAGUCCCACUCACCCCUUCCUCUCCAACAGCUGCACCAGUCAUUACCCCCACUGCCCUCUUCAGACUCCAUCCAUCACCAUCCUCUGUACAUUAUGCGCCAGUCACAGCAGCAACAGGCUCACCACCACCGGCGACAGUCCCGUUCAGCCCCACCUCCACACCAGCCCUCACCACAGCAAGCAGCCCACCCCAGCCAACAAUGUCAGUUUGCCGAGGGAAUCUACCAAAGCCAACAGGGCUUGAGAACCCAACCUCACCACUCUUCAGCAGAGAUGCUCCAUCAAGCCCCAGCCCAUCAUUCUUCUGCCGAGAUGCUCCACCAAUUACAACAGCCUCCGUCCCACCACUCAUCUGCUGAGAUCCUCCAGCAGAUGCAACAAGCCCAUGCCCACUACUCAUCUUCAGAAGUGCUUCACCAUAUACAAAAGUCCAAAGGCCACCAUUCUUCGACAGAGCUUUUACAGCAGGCUCAUGAGUUGCAUCAAAUACAGCCGCACCAUUCCUCAACAGAAUUCACCCAAUCCGCUCGUCAGAUGCAUCUUGGUCAGCCACACCAUUCCUCCACUGAACUGUUGCAUCAAGCCCACCAAAUUCACCAGCAGAAACCCCAUCACUCAUCCACAGAGCUGUUACAUCAAGCUCAGCAGGACCCUGCUUCUCUUCCAGCUCAGCUGAACCGGGAUGGCCACUCUCACCAGAGCCGCAGAAGUCUCAAAGGUCACCAUCAAGCCCAAAUGCCCCCACAAGGGAGACACCAAGAGCAGCAGAUGCAACAAACCCAUCAACCCCAGCUCACCAAGCCUUCUCCCCAGAGACCCCAUUCUAUCCAGCAGACCCAUCACCACUCCAGCACACAUCAGAUCCACCAUAUCCACCACAUGACCCCACAGCCACCUCCGCAGGAUUACCAACACCAGAUUCAUGUCAUCCACCCUCCCCAGCAGCCACACCGGCCUCAGCCCCUUCUGUCCACCUUUCAGCCUCUCCAGCCACAUCAGCCCACUCUGUCCACCUUCCAACCUCUGCCCAAACACCAGCAAUCACAGCAUCAAGCCCAGUCCUCCACCCAAACUGCCCGCCCGCAGUCCCAGCCAUCACACCCCCUGCUGCAGUCGCAACAGCAGCCACAUUCUCAGUCUUCCCAGCUUAAACAGUCACAUGGCCAAAGUCAGCCCCAGUCCCUCCCCCACUCUCUAUCUGAUCCCACAGAACACCUAGAGCCCCCUCCUCCUCCACCCCUGCCCCCACCCUGCUCUCCCCCACCAUUGCCAAGGCCUACUUUGUCCAGGAUGGAUUCCCACCACAUGAGUGUCAAGAGGCUUCGGUGGGAGCAGGUGGAGAAUUCAGAGGGGACUAUCUGGGGACAGCUGGGUGCAAAUUCAGACUAUGAUAAACUUCACGACAUGGUGAAGUACCUGGAUCUGGAGCUGCACUUUGGGACACAGAAGGGCUCCAUGCCAGUUCCAGAGCCAGCUGCACAGCCAGAAACCUUUAAGAAGAAAGAUGUUGUAGAAAUUCUCUCCUACAAGAAAGCUUAUAAUGCCUCCAUCCUAAUAGCCCACCUGAAGCUGUCUCCUGGGGAGCUGCGGCAGAUCCUGAUGACCAUGGCCAGUGAUAGGCUGGAGCCAUCUCACAUCAAGCAGCUGCUCCUGUAUGCCCCUGAUGCAGAGGAGGUCAAAAAAUAUGAAGAGUACAGACAAGACCCCAGCAAACUCAGCGAACCCGACCAGUUUGUGCUGCAGAUGUUGUCUGUACCAGAGUACAAGACCCGUCUACAGAGCCUCCUCUUCAAGUGUUCCCUACAGGAGAAGACGGAGGAGCUGAAGGGGGCGUACGAUUGUAUCUAUAAGGCGUCGGUGGAGCUGAAGACCAGCAAGAAGCUGGCGAAGAUACUGGAGUUUGUACUGGCAAUGGGGAACUACUUGAACAACAGCCAGCCUAAAACCAACAAAACAACAGGUUUCAAGAUCAACUUUCUUACAGAGUUGAGCACAACAAAAACAGUGGACGGAAAGUCGACCUUUUUGCAUAUUCUAGUGAAGUCGUUAUGUCAGCACUUCCCUGAGGUGUUGGAUUUUUCCAAAGAUCUCACUAUGGUUCCUUUUGCAGCAAAAGUGAAUCAGAGGACCAUCACGUCUGAUCUAAAUGACCUUCAUGCAACCAUCCAGGAGAUUCGCUCAUCUUGCCAGAAGAUGCCUGCGACGUCUGAGGACCGCUUUGCCAUAGUCAUGAGCAACUUCCUGGAGAACAGUCACCCGGCCGUCCAGUCUCUAGAAUCUCUGCAGCAGAGAGCAAUGGAGGAAUUCAGCAAAACCGCUUCUUUCUUUGGAGAAGAUGGCAAAGCCACCAACACCGAGGCCUUCUUUGGUAUCUUUGCUGAAUUUAUCAGCAAGUUUGAGAGAGCUCUCAGCGAUCAUCAGGCUGCAGAAACCCUGAAAAGCCCCAGGAGUCCACAAAUGGCCUCCGCUCUAGCCUGGUAGCACGUAUGUGAUAUGUGAAGCAUCCAGAACAUCCAGACAAGAUAUACGACACAUAGACCCACACCAGUCAACAAAACAUGUGUAUACCGUAUGUGUGUGUGUGUGCAUUUGGUCGCGUUAAAGGAGAGAAAUGUCUUUUGCAACACCAUUUUACCAGUGCUGUAGUGUGUAUAUCCUUUAAAAUAUUAGUUUUUGUUUAAGUCUAAAGCUUUAAUGACACAUGCUACUGUUCAAAUUAUACUUACUGGGUAAUAUCUUGUAGUUUAAGUUUUCUUUUUACAAAUCUGGCUUUAAAUGUAAAUAACUAUACAAUAAUAUAUCUGUGAAAUAUUUUCCAAUAAGACAUAGAUUUACAACACAAAAUCAUAUCCUAAAUAGAUGUUUACUAAACAUAUAUCCACAAAGAAGCCCCAGGAGCAGCCUUCCCAUUAGCUUCUUGCGUAUUUCUGUAGGGUGCCCACUACACUGAAUGUACAAUAAGACCCUGCUGAGCAAGUGUAGCACUCGAUGACAUCAGCUGCCCUAAAUAGUUUAAUGUGUUGUACAGUCUUUAUAUGCUUUUCUGGCCACACGUUGUAGCUUGAUGAACUUUCUUCCUACGUCAUAUAGCUCUUCUAUUAAACCUGUACGUGCUGGAAGGGCCAGUUCCUGGGACUGAGUAAAUCACACACUCACAGACUGCUGAGGUGGGAUUAUGUGGGGCUCACAGUGGGCAGUGUGCAAUAUGUGAAUGUUUAGCUGUGUCCCACUGUUAAACAUUGUCCUUAUUAAGCUGUUACAGAGAUGUCCUGCGUUUGUACAGAGCAAGAGAAAACAGCAUAUAUGAAGCACUUUGGUACUUUCACAUAUUAUCCAAAUACUGUAUUUACCUUAUUGCUGGUGUUAUGCAGGUUGAGAAAUGCAAUCUUAGGUUGACUGUAGCAGACGUUUUGUCAUAUUCAGCCAAUUAUACAGCAUCGGGUGCUUUGUGAAACCUUCAAGCUUCAAGUGUUAUCUUUUAAAGUUAAGGCUAAUUGUGUUAGUGUUAUUACUAUUAUUUUCUGCAUUAAGUACAGAAUAUAAACCUUUACAGCUUUGUGUCUAUUAAGGCCUUCAUUGUCUUAAGUCUGUAUUUUGUAUUGUAUCCUAACAAACCUAUAAAGAGUCGUGUGAAACCUG